CUUGGAGUAGCCAACACUACCUACUAACCACCCAUAUAUCUCUCUGCCAACAUGUCGACCCGACCUCUUAACGAUGAUGAAGUCCUCACUGAAUUGAACAAAAUGGUCGCUUUCAUCAAGCGGGAGGCACUAGAGAAAGCAAGAGAAAUAAAGAUAAAGGCAGAUGAGGAAUUUGCCAUUGAGAAGGCAAAACUGGUCAAGCAGGAACAGCAAGCUGUU